GGGUACAGCGUAGGGUAGUACAGCGUACGGUGCGCGUCACCGCGUACCGUACGCCGUAGGCUCUGCGUCGGUGUAACGCGGAACCAUAAUUCAGCCUUAAGAGCUGGCUCGUCCUGCGGGGAUAAAGUCACCUCGGCUGACCGCUGAAGUGACAUCUAUCACGGUCCCUCGUCUUUUUGUUUGCUAUCACACUCUCGCGUUUUGCUGGUCUAAAGCUGAACAUACAAUGGCAAGGGUUCAGUCCACCAAACGUGGGGACCCAAGUGAGCUGAAAGCCAUUUUCCAGAAGAAUGCCAGUGUAUUGGACAAGGAUGGAGAGAGGUUCAUGACCCCUGGAGACUUUGUUCAGAAGUAUUUGGGACUGCACACACAGAUCCACCACAACCCCAAAACUGUCCAACUCAUCGCAGCUGUAGCCGAUACCACAAAGGACGGGCUAAUCUCAUUCCAGGAGUUUCUUGCAUUCGAGUCGGUGUUGUGUGCACCAGAUACCCUCUUCAUAGUAGCCUUUCAGCUGUUUGACAAGAAUGGAAGUGGUGCCAUUUCCUUUGAGAAUGUGCAAGACAUCUUCAGCCAAACCACAGUGCACCACCACAUUCCUUUCAACUGGGACUGUGAGUUCAUCCGUCUGCAUUUUGGCCACGAUCGUAAGAAACAUCUCAGCUACCUUGAGUUCACUGAGUUCCUGCAGGAGCUGCAGUUGGAGCAUGCACGCCAGGCGUUUGCUCAAAAGGACAAGGGGAAGAAUGGUGUCAUCUCCGCCAUGGACUUCAGUGACAUUAUGGCUACGAUCAGGCACCACAUGCUCACACCUUUUGUGGAGGAAAACCUUGUCUCAGCUGCUGGUGGCAGCACCUCUCAUAUGGUCAGCUUCUCUUACUUCAAUGCAUUCAACUCCCUCCUGAACAACAUGGAGCUGAUCCGCAAGAUCUACAGCACGCUGGCCGGCACACGGAAAGACACACUCGUCACCAAAGAGGAGUUUGUUCAUGCUGCCAACAAGUUUGGUCAGAUCACUCCAAUGGAAAUUGACAUCUUGUACCAGUUAUCAGGGCUGCACUCUCCUUCUGGACGUUUGAACCUUGCUGACAUUGAAAGGAUAGCUCCACUAGAAGAGGGAUCUCUGCCCUACCAUCUUGCUGAAACUCAAAAGUCUCAAGGGGGUUCUAGGCCUGUGUAUCUCCAAAUUGCAGAGUCGGCCUACAGGUUCACCCUGGGCUCCAUUGCUGGAGCCACUGGAGCAACGGCAGUAUAUCCCAUCGACUUGGUGAAGACUCGCAUGCAGAACCAGAGGUCCACUGGGUCCUUUGUUGGAGAACUGAUGUACAAGAACAGCUUUGACUGUGCAAAGAAAGUCCUUCGCUAUGAAGGUUUCUUUGGUUUCUAUAGAGGUCUGGUUCCUCAGCUCAUUGGUGUGGCACCCGAGAAGGCUAUUAAACUCACAGUGAAUGACUUUGUAAGGGAUAAAUUCACCGAAAAAGACAACACAAUCCCUUUUUUCGCUGAAGUUAUGGCUGGUGGCUGUGCUGGAGGCUCUCAGGUGAUUUUUACCAACCCUCUGGAGAUUGUAAAGAUUCGCCUGCAAGUAGCGGGUGAAAUCACCACUGGGCCUCGAGUCAGUGCGCUCAGCGUGGUCCGUGACCUGGGCUUCUUCGGUCUCUACAAGGGUGCUAAAGCUUGUUUCUUAAGGGAUAUCCCUUUCUCAGCCAUCUAUUUUCCGGCAUACGCCCACCUUAAAGCUCAAUUUGCUGAUGAACAAGGUCAAAUAGGUCCUCUCCAGCUUCUCACUGCUGGAGCAAUUGCAGGUAUCCCUGCGGCCUCCCUCGUGACACCUGCUGAUGUCAUUAAGACACGUCUCCAAGUUGCAGCCAGAGCUGGACAGACCACCUACACAGGGGUCAUCGACUGCUUCAGGAAGAUUAUGCAAGAGGAAGGCUUCCGUGCGUUGUGGAAAGGAGCCGGAGCUCGCAUGUGCCGGUCUUCGCCUCAGUUUGGUGUGACACUUGUCACUUAUGAGCUUUUGCAGCGGUGGUUCUACGUUGACUUUGGAGGACAACGUCCUGCAGGAUCUGAGCGUACACCCAGAUCUCGCAUUUCGGAGCUUCCUCCUAUCAAUGCAGACCAUAUUGGAGGCUACCGUCUGGCUGCUGCUACUUUUGCAGGGGUGGAGAACAAAUUUGGCCUCCAUCUUCCCAAAUUCAAGUCAUCCGGUGUGGUUUCCAUACACCACCCAGAGCCCGUCUCGGCUGCACCCGUUCAGGCUCCGUAGAAGUUUACAUCUCCAUGUAUCUUCACCAUCCUCCACAACCAGGAGCCAGGCACUAAGACACUUAAAUGAAGCACACAGUAAAAAUGCACUCUGCACAUGAGGAGCCAUUAACUUAAAAAUAAAUGACCAGCCUGUUACUUUCUCCAGGGUGACGGUGUGCUCUCCGCUGUCGUAAGCCAUCUCCAGAGGCAGAGAGCUGCACACCACACAGCCCACAGCAACUGAAACAGAGUGCUAUUUAGUGUCUUCAGUGACUGUGUGCUCCUGGGCACUCCUAUCAUUUGUGUUGUUCUUUCUGCAUUUGUGUAAAACUGAACCUUGGGCACUCCUCUCUCAUGAGUAAAUGAUUUGUUUUCUGUCCAAUACUCCAGUAUGAAUAGGACUUAAUGUAUUGGACAGUGGUCAUAGGAAACGAUAGACUCAUCUGCACAGUGUGUGGGGCUUCACUGUCUGCAACUCCUCAUACAGGAGACUACAUGCUGUACAUAUUGUAUAACUGUACCGAGGAACACUCCCGUAACACUCCGCCUGCAUCAUUACACAGUAACUGUAAUGUCAUGGCAACGUGGGGCCUUUGGUCCUGGUCUCCAAAAAUCACUCUUACUGAUGUACAGAGUUUUUCAAUUGUGUUUUUCUUUUUUUCCUCAAUAUAAUAACAAUUAUGAGCAGAGAAUUAGGUAAUAAUAAAUUAAAUGUAUCUGGAUUAUGUCGUUAUGUCAUAUUUUAAUUAAAUAAAUCAUCCAUAGUGUUUUAAUUUUA